UCUAGUUUCCUUUUAUCUGCUUUGCUACUUCUUCUUCUUACUCUCAUUCCGUUAAGUCUCUCUCUAUUCCAUUAAUUUCUCCUGUAAACUCUUUUUUGUUUUUUUGGGGUGUUGAUAAUCAUAUGGCGGGUGGAGAUUAUUACUUUGGAGCAUGGCCUUUGGAUCACAUAGAGACGGAAGAUGAAUCAUUGGCAUCCGCCAAGUUCAUGUUCCUUAUCCAGGCCUCCUAUAAUCAAGAAGAUGAUGAUCUCAUUCUUCACCAACAUGAGUGUGUGGAAUAUGAUGUGGUGAUGCAUGAUGAUGAAAGGUCCAAGGUUGCCAUUCACCACAUUCUUUCAAACAUUGGAGUCCCGGUUCUGCCUUCUAUGGUGCAAAGGGUUUUGGAUGUUGCUCAUUCCAUGUCCUCCAAUAGACACUUCGCCGGUCGAAAAGUUCUCAGAAUACUUGUCGAUGUUCGUGUUUUGUCUGAUGACGAUGAUGAUUAUGAUGAUGAUGAUGAUGUGGUGGAACUGGAAUUGGGCGGUGAAGAUGAUUGGGAGCCUAAGUUUGAGCCAGCCAGUAAAGUUUCCAUCGAAGAGUUGGAGAGGAUCAAGGUUGAAGGUUCUUUAAAAGAAGAAGUUGGAUGUUGCUCCGUUUGCUUUGAUGAUUUUGAAAAUGGGUGUGAAGCUACUCGAAUGCCUUGCUUGCAUCUCUUUCAUGGAGAUUGUAUUGUCAAGUGGCUCCAAACCAGCAAAUUAUGUCCCUUGUGUAGGUUUCAGAUGCCAUCUUUAUGAUGAGUUUUAAUACACGUAUAGUAUGUGCAUACAGAAGAAAGGAAGAAAAAGUUUUGGCGUAGAGUGUAUAUGCUUUUAUUGUUUUGUGUAUACAAUGAGCAAAUUUAUCUGAUUUCACCAACCCACUCUCUGUUUUUACACUUUUCUCUGUUCUUGGACCAAAUGAUGUAUUUGUUUAUAAUCUUUAUCAUUUAGUCUUUGAUAAAGGAAUUCACAUAUAGUUAUUUGCUUGGUUUCAUUUUAAUCUUCGGUAUUUUCUCAGUAUAAUACAAAAGUCAUAUAGAUUUAAU